AUGACCGGUCGCCAGAGGACCACGACAGGUCGUCUCCCUGCUGUCAAACUCAAGAGGAGAACAUUGAAGAGUUUUUGCCCGCUCAAGAGAAUUCUUGAUCUUCAAUACCACACCAAUCACCUGCUGAGGACGUCAUUCAGCAAACUAUCAGAGUCACGGGUACACUUUGUAAAGCAGUUGGCAGACAUACCGAUUCCCAUCAGUGUCACUGAAGCACUAAACGACUCAAAAUGGAAAGAAGCCAUGAAUGAAGAAAUGCGAGCUCUCCAGAAGAAUGGCACAUGGGAACUCGUGUCAUUACCUCAUGGAAAAAAGACAGUGGAAUGUAGGUGGAUUUAUAUUGUGAAACUCAAAGCAGAUGGAUCUAUUGAAAGAUAUAAAGCUAGAUUGGUGGCGAAAGGGUACACAAAAAGAUAUGGGAUAAACUACCAAGAGACCUUUGCCCCAGUAGCCAAGAUUAAAACUAUCAGAGUCCUUCUGUCUCUAGCAGCAAAUCUAGAUUGA